AGGACUCCUGGGUCCCUUGGCCAGGCCUGCAAGGCCUUCCCCUUGUGUGGCACAGGCCAAGGCGCCUCCCUUCCCCGAGCGCCAGCCCGGGGGCACCUCAUUUUGGCCCCCUACAGAUUGAUCAUGUUUAUCCCUUUCUCCCCCCGCAGGUGACCUGGGAGCCGAAGACCCCCCCGGACCCCCUGCCGGAGCAGGGAUCUCCCCCCGCCUCAUGGAGAACAGCCACGAACUACAGCACCCGCUGCUGGCCAAGCCCCCCGGGGGUGCCCCGGCGGGGGAGACGCGGCGGGAGCAUCCCGGCUUCUUCGCUCGGCCCGGCUGGAGGCGCCUGCCCCCGCCACCCCCCGAGCUGGCCCAGCAGCUGCUGGACGCGGGGACCCUGCGGAGGACGGUGGAGCCGGCCCCCGCCCCGGGCCCCACGUGGAAGGCCGGGGAGCCUCCCAGCUGGAGGAAGCCGGGUUACUGCGAGACGGCUUUCGGGGAGCCGGCCGAGCACCCCAAGAAGCUCUGCCUGGAGAAGGACAUUCACACGGUCUGCUGCGAAGUGGGCGACGGAGAGCUGCUGCCUGAGUGUGAGAACGACUCGUCGAGCGAGAGCGACAGCGAGAGCGACUUCGCCCUGAUGCUGCCGCAGGAUCACCUGGGCCUGGCCGUGUUCUCCAUGCUCUGCUGCUUCUGGCCCCUGGGCAUCGCCGCCUUCCACCUGUCCCAGCAGACCACCAGGGCCUCAGCGAAGGGCGAUUUCCCGGGGGCGCGGGCGGCCUCGCGUCGGACCUUCGCGCUGGCCGUGCUCGCCAUCCUGCUGGGCGUCUGCGCCUACAUCGGCGCCGUGGUGGCGCUCGUCGCUUACCUGUCCGACAAGGGGCCCCCCUAAAGCCCCCCCGGGGACGGACGCUGCCGCCAGGAGCCUGGACUGGGGGGCCCCCCGAGCUGCCCCAGGCCCCCCCUGGACACGCCUGAGCCCAGCGCUGCGGGGGGGGGAGGCCAGCGGAGAGAUUUGGACUAGCGGUUCCCUCCCCCCCGCAAGAGACAUGGGCCCGGACGCCUGGGUUCACCAGGAGCAGGGUUUGGGAGCCUGAUUCGUGGUGACUGACCGGACCUUCCCCCCCACCUUUCUUCCGUCCUCCUUCACCCCCCCCCACUG